UACGACCAUGAUGCAACGUAAUCAGAGUGCGCACACCGACUGUGGUGGAGAUCAGCUGAAAAUCACGAGGUAGCGUGAUUUCAUGAAACACAAGUCCUGAUAAUAAAUCAAAUUAUAAAGAUGGGCAAAUCAUUCGGACUAGUGUACUUCCCCGUUUUCUUGACUUUGGCGAAUUUCCUAAGUCAUGGCGAAGCCACAAAAAGAAAUGCAAAGGUCCUUGUGCUUGGCGGUGGAAUAUCAGGAAUUGCUGCUGCAAAGACAUUAAGCGAUAUGGGAAUUGAAGAUUUCGUUAUUUUGGAAGGCACAGACAGAAUUGGUGGAAGAAUGAGGAAAAGAACAUUUCAAGGGACAACUAUUGAAAUGGGGGCAAACUGGAUUCAAGGAGUCAAGGGAAAUCCAAUCGAAAGACUGAAAGAGAUAUGUGGAUUGCAAGGGAAGGUUGAAAACAGAUCAUUUGUGAUAAGAAAUGAAACUGGAUAUAUCACAACUGCGAAAGGAAAAAUGACCCUUCUCAAACAUGACGAGACUUUGUUGGACGAAAUGAUUGACAGGCGCCGGAAGAUGAAUGGUGAGGACAUUUCCGUUCGAGUUGGUCUACGCCUUACAAACUGGCUUCCAUCUAACCCGGAAGAAAUGGUCACAGAGUACUUUGAAUACGACUUUGAAUACGCUGUUCCACCCAAAUACAUUUCUCUCCGUGUAAGAAUAGCCGACCAUGGAAUGAUUCAUUCUGUGGAUGGGAAACAGUUUUUUGUUACUGACCCCAGGGGAUAUGUGCAUAUCGUGGAAUGUCUAGCGGACAUGUUUCUAAAACCCAAGGAUUCACGUUUACAGUUAAACACAACUGUCAAAGAAAUAAAAUGGAGUGAACAUAAUGUUAAUGUCAUCACCGACAGUGGAGAUGUGUACACUGCAGAUUACGCGUUGAUAACGUUUAGUAUCGGUGUACUAAAGAGCGGAUUGGUUCGGUUCACACCUGAACUCCCGCAAUGGAAAUUAGAAGCUAUCUUUAAACUUAAUAUGGUGAUUUACACCAAGAUUUUUGUGAAAUUUCCGUCAAAAUUCUGGGAUGAUGAAGAGUACAUUCUUUACGCUUCUCGCAGACGAGGAUACUACACCAUGAUGCAGAAUUUGGAAGCUGAUUCUCGGCUACCUAAAGGUACUAACAUUCUACUGAUAACUGUCACAGGUGAGGAAUCUGUUAGGCUUGCCUACCAGUCUACCAAACACACCCAACAAGAAAUUAUGGAGGUAUUAAGGGGUAUGUACGGUAAGAACAUUCCCGACCCAAUAGACAUUUACUAUCCCAGAUGGGGACUCGACAAGUAUUUUUUUGGAUCCUGGGCAAACCUACCCAUCGGAAUUUCUAGGCAAGACUAUGUGAAUCUUCAGGCUCCAGUCGGGCGGGUGUUCUUUUCUGGAGAAGCAACGCACGAGUUGUACAAUGGUUAUGUUCAUGGUGGAUACUUGACAGGAGUGGAGCAGGCGGAAAACAUAGCAAACUGUAUACAAACUGGAUUUUGUAAUGACGCAAGUAACGCGGACGAUUAACAGUUACGUAAUACAGUUUUUAACCACAACGAAGCGCUGCGUGACUACACAAAAAAAAGUGAAAGACAGCACUGAAUUAAAUGGGGAACUAGACGCAUAUCUGCGUGAACUUGGGCUUUUAAUAUCACACAUCUGGAGUUCUCUUUAGGGGACUGCCACAUUGCCAUUGCCACUGUCAUCGUGCAAUUUAAUCAUUGCUGGUCACGAAUAAGUCAACUUGUGUUAAUUUUUGUCUUCUGGGGUGUAAUGAAUGUUA